UCCACAGCAUCCUCCACACCAUUUACAUCCAUGAGAGCAGCCCCGCCUCGGUUCCAGGCUAUGCCAUUUGUCGCACGUAUCUCUGCAUAUUUGCUUGACAAGAUUGACUCGGAGCUACAUAUCCAGGUGACUAAUGAGAUGACAAAAGUUGCGCUGACGGCGAACUCGAUGGAUGAUCUCCUGGGGUAUGUCAUGCAAUAUUUAAGCGGUGCGAUUCCUCAUAGCGCGUAUGGUGGUGUUAUACGGAUUAUAAGCUCGCUUGGCGAUAAUUCCGGUGCUGGUCAGAGCAACACUCAGAGUGGAGAUAUUGGAGGGAGCAGCACACGUUCUCGUAACCGGGAUAGAGAUACUGCCGACGACGACGACUGAUGAGGUUUAUGAGGUUUUUUGUACAUUUUUAAUGCAAUGAACAGCUUUAUCUGUUAUAACAAUACUUAUAUGCUUGUUGGAUGUAUAUAUUAGACGGUCUUGGUUGAUGCAUAUUUUGAAGUAGAUAGUUGGAUUUGUUUAUUAUGCUGGAAUUGAUUAUAUUAUGGCUGGAUCUGUGCAUUAUGU